UUUCAAUUUUCAAUCUUCAAUCUCAAUUUUCAAUGCGUUUCUGAUGUUUGGAAAAGAGGUUUAAUUCGGGUCAAACAUCAAAAGAAAGGUUAACGCUUUUUUACUUGCAAAGGCCUCCUCUAAUUAACCUAUUUAGUAUUUACGCGAGCAAAUUUGAUUUAUAGUGUAAAAAUGUCUGCAAAUAAAUUUAUAAACGAAACAAAUAAUAGUGUUGUUAAUUGCAGAGUUCAAUGGACUGAUGCCAUGACGAAACUAUUAUUAGCAGAAAUGCAAAAACACGCAGAAACUUUUACGAAUCCAGGAAAAUUGAACAUAAAUACAUGGAAAAAUAUUACAGCAUCUAUUAAUACCUAUGGAUAUAACUUAACUUCCGACAAUUGUUAUAUUAAAUGGAUUGGUAUGAAAAAAAAGUAUAAAUCAAUUAAAGAUGCAAUAAACCAAACUGGUACAGAAAAACAAUCUUGGGAAUAUUUUGAUGUCAUUAAUGACAUGUUGGGAAAAAAUCCUGCAAUUGUACCUCUUUCUAUUGCAUCAAAUAUACGCGGUUUUGAAAUAAAUCAAAAUAUUUCGCCUUCAUCUGAUGAGGAACAUUACGAAAACGAACAAAAUAAAUUAAACAUAGCAUCAACUAAUGUUUUAAAGAAUAGACGAAUAAGAAAAAGGAAAUCAAAAACAUCUGUCUGGAUGGAAGAAUUAAUAGAGCAAAGAGAAAGGCAUCAUAGAGAAAAUUAUACCCAAAGAGAGCGACUUUUAUCUUUAUUAGCAAAGGAUAUCAAAACAAAGGAGAAUGAUAAAACAAGAAAUAAUAUUUGA